CCAUCCAUCCAUUUUCUUUACACCCUGCCAUGUCCCUUGUGGGGUCGGGAGGGUUGCUGGUACACAUAACUGUCUACACCAAAUUUGGAAAGAGGAAGACAGAUUUUUUUUGCUGUCAGUUACAUAGUUAGCUUCAUCUUAACUCAAAACCACAAUAGUAAAGUCUUAUCAAGAUAAAAUAAAAGUUUCAAAAUGGGAUGAUAAGAGCACAGAGCUAAAUCUGAGAGAAGAUCUACUGGGUCGACUGAAUAGAACUGUUUACAAGCAAUGUUUUCACAAUCAUUUGGACAAAACGUGCUACAAUGGUURACUCAAAGGUGUUUUAAUAAAGUAUUGGUUAAAGGUUGCAACCAGGAAAAUGCAACUUAAAAUUUUUUAUUUAAUAUCAAAAGUUUUUCGGCAAAUAAAUAAUUAAACUUGAAUUAUCCAGAAAGGUGGGAAAAGUUGUAUUCAUCUUGUGUUUUUAAAACGCCACAUAAACCUCGUAUUUUGCCAAUGAUGUGAACAUUUUUGGAUUAAGAUUUCAAACCAAUUAAUUUCCAAAUUCACUUGCCAACAUAAUGAGGAARCAGUCUGAGCCUAAGUGAUAGUUUGGCAACAAAGCUCCAGUCAUUAAAUUCACUCAUAAAAAUAGUUGAACUAUUUUUAUCUCACUUUCCUCUGCUCAGAUGGCCAUUUGCCAUAGUAAAUUGUUUAGAGCUCCUAUUGUUUAAAGCAGGUUGUUGUCCUGCUUUAAGCCGUCAACACAGAUGUCACAACUGAAAYGUUCAAAUGUAUGUCCUGAAAGAUCACAUUCCAGCCUUGUAGAGAGUUACCAACCAGUUUCAACUGGCCAAUGAGGCUUUAUUUCCUGUUUGCCAGCCAUGCUACAUUCGGGGCUUUCUCACACGGCUGCAUGACUGAUGUUACACCCACAGAAGCCAAGCACAGGAAAACCAGGAACAUUUGCCUCUUCUCAUCAAGAACAAUAGAUCAGCYUGCAGUUAACRCACACUGAGACUUCAGGACGGCGUGUGUCGGAACCAAYGCUAAAGAGCUUUSUUUUUUUWUUWAUACUGAGCGUUUGACAUUYGUAAGGUAAGRAUCAUGUCUCUCCCAGAGGAGGAUCUGACAUGUCCAGUGUGCUGUGACAUCUUCAGGGACCCUGUUCUGCUGUCGUGCAGCCACAGCUUCUGCAGGAGCUGUCUGAAGAAAUGUUGGGACACAAGGACAAGGGAAUGUCCAGUUUGCAGAAGGAAAGCRUCCAAAUGCCCUCCUCUGUCCAACUUAGCCCUGAAGAACGUCUGCGAAGCUCUUCAGCAGGUGAGGAGGCAAAAYUCUCUGGAGGAGCAGGGGAGGUGCAGCUUGCACGGGGAGAAGUUGAAGCUGUUUUGUCUGGCUGACGAACAGCCCAUCUGUGUGGUGUGCCAGGCGUCCAAACUUCAUAAAAAUCACGACUGUUCCCCGGUUGAAGAGGCACUUCUGGAUUGCAAGGACAAACUGGAGUUCACGCUGAAAAGUUUGGAAAGCAAACUGGAGUACCUCAAGAGAAAACACCAGACCUCUGCUGACAUGUUGGCACAUGUUAAGUAUCAGACACUGACCACUCAAAAAAAGAUAAAAAACCAGUUUGAGCAGCUACAUCAAGCCCUUUGCGAUGAAGAGUCGGUCCGCAGGGAAGCCGUGAAGAAGGAGGAAGAGGAGAAGACUGCAUCGAUCAAGAAAAAAUUGAAUGGACUUUCAGCAGAAAUGCUUUCUGUCGCUGAGACCAUCUCUACCAUCAAAGCACAGUUCAAAGAAGAUGAUAUGAUUAUAUUAAAGAAUUUUAAAGCCACUCAGGAAAGGGACAAAGAUAUGGAGAAUGAUUUAGAUGACAUGUCCAGUUUACUGCUAGAUGCAGCAAARCACCUCUCUAACCUGAAAUACAGUGUCUGGGAGAAAAUACUGGACAACAUUGACUACACCUCURUAACUUUAGACCCAAACACAGCGCACCCAUGCCUCGUCCUAUCCGAAGACCUCACUUCCCUCCAUUACUCACAGCAGCCCAGCUGUUGCCCUGACAACCCUGAGCGCUUCCACGUGAGUGCAGAAGUGGUAGGAAUGACCUCGCGCGGCUCAGGAAGCCACCACUGGGUUGUAGAAACAGGAAGUAAUCAAGACUGGCUCCUGGGCGUGGCCUCAUUGUCUGUGCCGAGGAACGCCGAGGUCGCAGCUCGGCCUGAAAAUGGCUUUUGGACUUUGUGCUUCCGGGACGGAAAGCUCAGAGCAAUGAGCUCGCCGCCCACCCUGCUGACUGUUACAACUAGGCCCGAACAGGUCAAAGUUCAGCUGGAUCACAGCAAGGGAACAGUGUCAUUUUUUGACCAUACGGACAAUUCGCUCCUGUAUGCUUUCAUGCAGACAUUCACAGAGCCUUUAUUGCCGUAUUUUUAUACACAGAGUAGUCACCCUCUGAGAAUAAUGCCAGAGAAGGUGCUUAUCACAGUGCUGCGCCAGUAAGUAGGUUUUCUUUCUUCUUCUCUUUUUAGUUUUCCUGUUCUCCCAAAACAAUGUUCCUAAAGGUCUGCCUUCAUUUUACACAUUUCUGGACACAAAUCCUCAUGUUUGAGCACAGAAAMUUCCAGCUUUUAGUUCAAACCAACUCMAUCCUCUCAAAACCAAGUAAUCUUACUGAAACACUAAGCUUUGCUUUUAGGCAUUACAUAAAAGACUCCCCUCCCCAAAUUGAAAACAAGCAGCAUUUUGUAAAAGUAUUCACAUUUCUUCAGCUUUUUACACAUUUUGCCAUGCUAAUAAAGCAAACAUUAUAGUAUUUUAUUGGGAUUUUAAGUGGUUCUAUAAUUCAUUAUUAAAAACUGAAGAGUGUGGCAUGCAUUUAUAUUCAUUAUGCUGUAAAACCACGUUUUGCUGCAGUAACAGGUGCUGGAACUCAAACCUUCAUGACAUAUGUUUGGUUUUCUAACCAGAUUCCUCAGUUUUGAGUUGGAACAAAUUUAGAUAACACUUCUGUUAUCUAAAUUUGUGGACUUKGUUAAGCUUUUUAAAUAGCAACUAAAAUCUCACCUUUCUACAAAUGCUCCUGCAACACUUAGUGUUAUGAAAACAUUUUUUUACUUACUUUACUUUUACUUACUUACAUAAAAUGAAAUGAAAGAUAUUUACCACGUUUGAGGUUCUAACCUGACGAAAUGUGAAUUUCUGUUAUUGGCUAUGAAAAACACGUGACCUUUAAAAAACUAUGAACMCUGGUUAUUCUUCUUAAUGAAUGUUAGAAUUGGAUUUUCAGUGGUUUCUACUUUUGUUGCUCCAUUGUAAUAACUGCGGAAGCUGCAAUGUGGUAAACACUGUACCAGUUUGUACUAAAUGGACACUGAAAGGGCUGUAUGAAUAGAUUUGUGUUUAGGUCAUGAGUUUAUGUCUUGUGCAUCCAAAGCAAUAAGUGGAACUUUAGAUUUAAAAUAAAUUAUUUUAUAUAAGAACUUAGUGUUUUUAUAAUUGUCAGUGAUGGUCUUUAAAAAACAAAACUAAAGCUAGUUUUAGAUGUUUUGCAAAAUUCGGACUAGGACCAAAAUAGRGCUUUUGGUCAUUAGUUGGCUAAAUAAGUGUUUCUUUUUUCUCUUUAAAUAAAACAAUCUGUACAAAUUUCCUUCUUCUCGAUCUUUUUUUAAGGUCCAUGUAGCAUUUAGCUGCCCCAAGAUCAAAAAUUAUUAUUUGGCUCCUGAUUUAGUUCUAGGAGGAACACAAGCUGAGCCAAAUAUUAAAAUGUGUGAACAGUGUCAAUAUAUGUAAUAUGUUAUUUAGAAAAUCGGCCAGAGGUUUAUUCAUUUUUUGCUCAUAGGAGAGUAAUAGAAAAAAUACUGUGAUGUAUUUUCGCCCUCUGUGUAAUUUUGUUGCUGCCUUGUUGUGUUUGUCAUCAGUAGUAAAGAUUCUUUGUGAA